CGUCGUCGUCGAGUCCAAUACACGUAACGCGACGUGGACAGCGCAAGCGAUUAAAGUUGGCCAGUUGGAAAUUGGAGCGCUGCUGGAACCGGGACCGGGACCGGGACCAUGCCGAUCAUUGCCGAUGCCACCAACGAUGAGCCACCAGCAAAAUGUUGCAAAUAUUGUGAGGAGUCUACGCACAGCGUGGACGGCGGCCCUGCAUCGUGGCGUUUAACGCUCGAUCAGGAUCUAAUUGAUACGCUAAAGGGCAACUUUCCUAGUUGGUUUCAAAGCACAUCAGGCGCCACAGCAGCAGCAGCAGCAGCCGCCGCCGGGACAACAAACAAGCCACAAACGCCACAGCAGCAGCAACGACAGCAGAAGCAGGUGGCCGCCAGCAUCAUACCCAUAAGCAUUGAUACCAAAUCAGCCAACAGCAGCAACAAUACACUCCAGCAACAACAACAGCAGCAACAACAACAACAGCAGCAGCAGCAAUCGGCCAUACUGAGCAGCUGCUCCUCAUCAGCAUCGCCCGCCUCAUCGAUAAGCUCAAACUGUUCCAAAAAAUCCAACAGCAGCUGCAGCAGCAGCAGCGUUAGCAGCGUGAGUAGCUGCAGCAGCAACAGUUCCAGCUCCAGCUCCAAAUCAGUUAGUGCAGCAACGGCGCAACGUCUGCUCAACAAGUCGACAUCGACGUCGCCCAAUAAGAGCCUGACACGCACACUCAAGGCCACCCAAAAGACGCACAAUAACAGCCCAAAGGUUGGCCAACUGGUCAAGUCCGCAUCGCUGCACAGCCUGAGCAGCGGCAGCGGUAGCAGCGCCAGCGGCAGCGGCGGCUCCUCGCUGCUGGCCACCUUCUCCACAUCGCCGUUGACCACCGUCGAGCUCAUCUCGAGCGACAGCUGCAACGGCCUGCUGGCCACACGGCUCAGCGGCAAGGCCUUGGAGCAUAAUUUUCAGAAUAUAAUACUGCUGCAAGAGGCCUACGACGAUAUGUCGGAGGCCGAACAGCGUCUGCAUGCGACGUUCCUGGGCAGCAGCGAUGAUGGCAACAAUUCCGAUUGCUAUGAUGCCCGUCAAUCACCGCCAAAGGCCAUUGUCGACUCUAGUCCGCUGCAGCCGGCCAUGGAUAAGAAUAAAGAAUCGCUCAAAGUGAAGCUGAUGGUGCGACGGCCGCACUCGCAACUUGUCGAGCAGGGCAUAAUACCAUCGCUCAAAACCUCGCCCGCCAUCCACGAACAAUGCAAGCAGCUGGAACGCGCCAAGACCAGCGAUUUGCUGAAGGCCAAAAUCCAGCAGCGGCCGAAUCGCGAAGAUCUCGAGCGAUUGCAUAUACUGGAGGAGGAUGAGUGCCACAUCGAUCCGAGUCUGGCGGAGAAGCAGCGCAUGCUGAAGAAGGCGCGCCUGGCCGAUCAGCUCAACUCACAGAUCCAGCAUCGACCGGGACCGCUCGAGCUCAUUAAGAAGAACAUUCUGCAUACGGAGAAGCCCAUCGAGAAGAUUGUCAAAGAGGGCUUGGUGCCAUUCAAGGCAACCAGUGAGGGUCUGUUGACGCGCCCACAGCAUCCGCAUAGCUAUGUCACCUUCGAGGAGGAUUCACAGAGCUCCGAGAGCGACACACGGCAGACGCCGCCGCGCCUGGACGAGCUCAUGUCUGCGGGCCCAGCGGCCACAACGGCAAGCGGCGGUGCAGUGGUGCCACCCGAGCCGCUUACAUCGACGCCUAAGGACAUGCUACAGGCAGCUGCCGCCUCAGCGGGCAUUGUCACUGUGGCGCUGACCACGCCCACGUCAACGACUAGCAACUGUGGGCAGCUGAUGCUCAGCGUGGUGCCCUCCAUACAGCUGCUGAAUACGACAGAUUGUCACAUGGUCGGCACACAUAUUGUGAGUGCACCGCCGCCACCGCCGCCGCCCAUGCCUGUUGCCAGUGCCAUCAAGGUGAAGCAGGAGACGGCCAAUCUGUUUGAGGAGCUGUGCCAGAGCGUGGCCGGGCCAACGUCCAGUCCAGCCAGCAAUCACAUGCUGCCGAUGCUCGCGUCACCUUGCUCCUUGGGCUCCAGCACAUCCACAUUGAGUCCAUUGUCUUCCAUUGCAUCGCCGCCGCCGCCGCCGACACGGCUGCAGCUGCAUCCUGUAUCCAUCAAGUCGGAUGCGCCCGGCAAAGACAAGAAUCGCAAAAAGUCCAAGUCGAAGCCUGUGUCCAAGGCGCGCACCAUCAAAUUUCACGAAUAUAAGGGACCACCCAGCGCCGCGGGCCAAGCACAGGAUCAAACGCAGUCGGAUCAAACAACCUCCUAUCAGCUGCUUCUCGAGCAGCAGAAUUAUUUGCUCAAGUUUCUGGAGAACCUCAACAAGAACCAAUCCAUACUGCCCCCAGCCAGCGCUGCCACAGCCACCCCCAGCAGCUCCAUCAGCACCACAGCGAACAGCAUCACGGUGACCACUAAGACGGUGCCGGCGCUGGCCACAUCUAUCACGACGGCGGCAACACCGGCGCCCAUUGCGCUGCCCAACACCAUUUCUAUAACCAGCAGCACGGGUGGCGCACCGUUGAACUUUGGAGACGCGGCAUUAUUGGCGGCAACGCCCGUAGCAACGCCUGCGCCCACACCCCCAACGUUGUCGCUAAUAGCCACACAGCAGACACAAGCAACAGUUGCUACGGCCGCGAUGCAGCAUCAUCAGCAACAUCCUCCGCCGCUGCCCUCGCCAGCGCUCUCAGUGAGCUCCUCCAUACCGGCCAGUCCGGCCAAUAGUUAUGCCGAGUCCACCAGCUCCAUAACAGAUCUGACGCGUCUGGAGAAAAUGAAGGUAUCCGAUUUGAAGCAGCACCUCAAGCGUCGCAAUUUGCCCGUCUCGGGGCCUAAGCCGCAGUUGAUUGAUCGACUGAAACCCUAUCUGCCACUGGAGCCCAUCGAAUGCUGCACGCCGGCCAGCACGCCUGCUACUGUCAGCGAGGUCAUCACCAUCAGCGAUGCCAUGGAUACCAGCAAUUGUGGAGCCACGGAUGGGCAGCCGCCGCCAGUGGCCAUGCUGGUGGCUGAGUCGCCCGCUAGCACCAUGGAGCACGAGCAAAUGGAUGUGGUGCAGCAGCUGGACAGCAGUCAUGCGAUGACGCUGCAAACAAUUUUGCCACCGCAACCCCAAACGGCGACCAUUAUACAGAACGAGGAGCUAUUGCGCCGGCAGCAGCGUAAAAUCGACGAGCUGCAGCGGCAGCUGCAACGCUCCCAACAGGAGCUGCAGCAAAUACGGCGACAGCAGCAGCAGCAGACGGUUACAGCUCAGGUGGUUAAUGCGCUGCCCUCGCAGCAGAUAACGCUGAUAACCACCACGGCGAACGGGCCGCAGCAAACGUUGACGGUGCUGCCGCAGCUGGAGAAGACUAUACCCGCUAAGGUGACCGUCAAGCCGGCAACAACAACGCCAGCCGGCAAGCUAAAUGGUAUGCACAACAGCAACAGCAGCAGUCAAGCUAAGAAGCCCGUCAACAACAGCAGCAGCAACGGCAUUCAGGCUAACGGCAAUGGACAACAGGCACCGCCGAUCAAUCAAAAAAUGGUGGUCAAGCAACAGCUGGAAGCCAAGAUACAAAAGCAAAAGGCGGCCGCUGCCGCAGCGGCACUGCAACAGCAGCAACUACAACAGCAGCAACUACAACAGCAACAGCAGCAGGCACAACAGCAGCAGAUGCGUUUGCUUACGCAAAAGACACAAACUGUACUCAUUCCAUCCAACAACAAUAACAAUACAAAUAGCGUGCCCAAGCUGCCAGCCACGCCCACAAAGCAGUCAAAUGCUGUUAAUGCUACUGGCAACACGGCAGCAAUAUUGCAUGCAGCCAAGCCAGUUACAGCAGCAACAGCCGCCGUGCCGCAUCCAAACAACGUGGGUCUCGUCUGGAAUGAGGGCAACCAGACCAUAUUUUUGCUGGGCCUCAAUGAUCAGCAGAUGACGGCGCACACGCUGGGCAACAUUAGCCUCACAGCGACAACAACAACAACAGCAACACCGCCGCAGCCGCCAGCGGUUGCAGCAGGAGCAACAACUGCCACAAAGAAACUGCUCAAUGGACACCAGCGCACAAAUUCGUUGCCCAGCAUUGUGUUUCCCAUUGAUGCCAAGCCCAUCAUCACACAGCAGCAGCUACAGCAAUUGCAACUACAACACCAGCAGCAGCAACAUUUUCAGCCUGGCCAACAGCUCAUACAACUAGACAUAAAACCCACAACAGCGCCGCCACCCCAGUACGAGGAGGCGACGAAGCAGUUGGCAGCCAGCAAAGCAGCCGCUGCCAUGGGCAACAGCAUGCCGCUAAUGAAGAUCAAAGAGGAGCCGGCAGCAUCACCCGCGCCACCAGCAGCAGUAACAGCAACGGCAACCGGAAAAUGCCAAAUACAGCGCAAGCCAACGGGCAUCAAAUCGGAGCAGGUCAGCGAUGUGCUGGACAUACUAAUCAAGCAGGGUGAGCUGCCGGAGAGCGCUGCCCUGGAGCCCAUAACGCCACUGACGCCGCUGCCCGAGCUGGCCAUGUUCAAUGGUGUGACGCCAAGAACAGCAGCUGGCGGUGCCAGCAUUGUGCCGCUGGUGCCCAAAUUGGAGGCGCCGCCCACACCACAAUCGCUGCCCAACCUGGACAUGGCCAUGGACACCAACGACAGCCACGUCAGCUAUGCGUCCAGCAAUCCGCAAGCCACAACGCAUGGUUACAUUGAGAAUAUUGAUAUGGCCUCGCCGCUGCAGACAGAUGUGUCGGCCAUUGAUGCGGAGAGCGUGGCAAAAACUUUGGACAUAUUUCUGGAACAGCAUCAUGCCACGCCACCGCCCAGCACGCCGCCCAAAUGCAGCAGCAACAGCGUCAGUGGCAGUGCCAGCGACAAACCGAACAGUCCGGAUGCCAAACUCAAUCAUUUUGAUGAGUAUGAGCUGCUGGAGCUGAUGUCGCAGCAACUGGAAAUGGACAUUGGCGACGACUCGAACAACUAUUGUGCCGGCAAGAACAGCGCCAAUAACAACAGCAUGCGACGCGAUCUCAAUCCCAGCCUGCAGCCCAGCAUCAAUGAGCUGCUCGAUGCCAGCAGUCCGGACAGCGUGCUCUUGAAUAACAAUCACGGCGCCGAUGUUGACUUCGAUGCGGACAGCUUUGUGGCGCAGCUUAGCCAGCACGUUGCCACCACCGCCAGCAGCAACAAUAGCAACAACAAUAGCAACAAUGCCGCCGCCGUGGAGUGUGGCACGGCAAAUGGUCACUACAGCAGCACUCCGAUGGAUGUUUGCGAUGACUUCGAGAGCACAUUGAACUCCAUAAUGCAGGCGGUCACCCAACCGCAAUCGGGCGGACAUGGUGACUAUGCCACGGCGGCAACGGGCAUGGCCAACGGCAUGGGCAAUGCCAUGGACGGCAGCGGUGGUGGUGCUGUGGAUGCAUUCAAUGCUAGUGGCGAUAUAUUUGAUUUGUUCAACAUUGAUGACUACAAGAUGAGCUGGGCGGCAGGUGAUUUUACCGUAUAAUAAAAUACAUUGAAAUGGGCCAAUAAUUUGGACAAACUUGUUGCUUUGCCCAUUUAAACGAUCCUUAUGCAAUACACCCUAUCGUGUGGCUCACUAUUCUCAAAUAUUCCUGAAAAUUCGUUACGAAAAACACAAAGAUGAAAAACACAACUAAAAAGAAAUCCUAUUUAUUUUCUAAAUGCAUUUAAAACAUUUGAACGAUAUAGAUGAAAUUGCAAAACUUUACUAUUUCCAAUUAAAAAAAUAUAUAUAAAACAAAAAACACAUACACAUACACAACUAAAGCCAAAAUUGCCGGGAGAGUUAGUCCAAAAAACACUCCACAAUAUUUCAGCACCCUUUCCUAUAAGCAGCAGCAACAACAAAAAAAAAAAAAAAGAGAAAAAAUAAAA